UAGUUUAAUUAGUUUUCUCCAUCAUUGACAGUUUGCCACCGAAGAGUCUGAAAAAUUAAGCUAUUUAGCGGAGUAGCUUAGCCGGAUGAAUCAAACACAAGGCAUUCUUGAGCGACACGCCGCACAGAGGAAUCUUUUUGUUCGGCCAUGUUACCCCUGAUGGAGUACGACUUGAUUAUAUAAUCGUCUCGGCUCCUGCAUGAUGCCACGCACCCUCUCUCGUUUGUUCCAUUCCAUCUCAAGCUCUCACACUCUCUCGAGAUCCAAGAACGCCAUUGCUGUCAAGGUGCACGGUGCCUGAUGAGCGACGAUGGCGCGAAGGCGUCGACGGGCAUCAAGCAGAUCGUGCGGCUGCGGGAGCUGCUGCACAAGUGGCAGACCAUGGCGCUAGGGGCGAAGCAGGAGGAGCACAUGCCGCCGGAGGAGGUGGCGGCGUCGGCGGCGAUCCCGCCGUUCGUGCUGCGGCGGCUGCGGAGGACGGAGACGGUGGACUCGGUCUCGGACGACGAGGGCUGCCACAGCCCGCAGGCGCCGCCGGACGUGCCGCGGGGCUACUGCCCCGUGUACGUGGGGCCCGAGCAGCGGCGGUUCGUGAUCCCGACCGGCUACCUGGGCCACCCCGUGUUCCGGCUGCUGCUGGAGAAGGCGGAGGAGGAGUUCGGUUUCCGGAGCGAGGGCGCGCUCGCCAUCCCCUGCGAGACCGAGACCUUCAAGUACAUCCUCCAGUGCGUCGAGCGCCACGACAAGGACCUCGCCGCCGACGAAGGGCACACGACCAUGGGGCUGCAGCAAGAACCGGCGAUGCAUCAUGCUCCGUAAACUAGAAGACGUUGUAUUGCAAUGUAUUGUACGUUGUUGUAAUUUUUAAUUUUAUUUUCGAUUUUUGAAAGAAAAAAAGGAGUGCUAUGUAUAAUGUUUAGGAGCCAAGACAUUGUGGUCAAGAAUUCAGUUGAUCUGUCAAGCUGGCUAAUAGCCAAGCACUUGGUUGUGAAUUAAGGUAGUUUGUGAUGAUUAUCGAGCACUACUGCAGAACUGAUCAAAAGUAGCAUUACAUCAGUACUAGUUGUACAAGAACCGUCAUUGAAAAUAUAUCAGUGCCGGUUCUUAACUUUCUGUAC